AUGGCACACCUCUCUCUGGCGGCUCGUUUCAGUCUCGGUGGCCGAGUGAUCCUAAUCACUGGUGGUGGUCGGGGUAUUGGCAUGGCGCUAUCGAAAACUUGUUUGGAUGCUGGUGCCACUGUAGUGGUCACCGACAUUCUACACCAGCCCGAUCCCGUCUUUCUCGACUGGAGGAAGAGUACUCCAAAUCAGCUCCAUUACUACUGUUGUGAUCUGACAGAUAAGGAGGAGGUCGAACGCACUUUUACCAGCAUCGUAGAGAAAUUCCACCGCAUCCACGGAGUAGUCACGGCAGCCGGAAUCUGUAUCGACAAGCCAUUCUUGAAGCAUGAGUGGGAAGAUAUCCAAAAACUUCAAGCUGUGAAUGAAACGGGAACAUUCUUCGCGGUACAAAAUGCCGUGAAGAAUAUGAAGCAGCAUGGUAUUAAAGGAAGUGUCGUGAUGAUUUGCUCACAGUCAGCGCAACACGUUUGCCCUGGUCAUCUGCUGACUGCCUAUGCGGGAAGCAAGGGCUUCGUGUUCUCAAUGGCAAGAAGUCUGGCUCACGAGCUGGCUCCUGAUGGAAUCCGUGUUAAUACCGUCUCUCCGGGUAAGGAGCUCCCUGACGCACUGAAAACCUAUCGCUCAGACAGAUCUAGAUACAUUGCCACAGACAUGAAUCUCUCACUGGCAUCUCUUCGGCCAGACGCCACCCUUGGGCGCGUCGGGACACCACAGGACGUGGAACUGGCCGCGUUGUAUUUGUUGAGUGAUGCUUCUUCUUAUGUCACUGGACAAGAUAUUGCUAUCGAUGGUGGUAUGCAAGUCUCCUCUGGAAACUAUAAGCUGUAG